AUGGCGGCGCCGACGCCCAUGCGACCCGUCCCGGGCGCAUUUUUCAACACCCCUGCUCCAGGCGCCAGAGAUCCUGUCCGGCGACGCUUGUUCGACGAACCCCCACCUGCGUCGGGCGACCUCGCGAGGACCAACAGCUUCUCAGGCGGCGUCUCUUUUCAAGGUCGCGGAGCCGGCAGCGAGCUCCAGGCCCCCUCGCAACAAGCGCAGCCGACGCCAGAUCCUGUAGCAUCAUUGCCCCCGGUCGUCAAGGCAGCUCGUUACGUCAACGGGGUCCUCCAGCACGAUGAGAGCUACCCAGACCUAGAUUCUUAUUGUCGACCUGGCGCGUCGUCCGACUAUGACCUCCAGUCCGCCGACUCACCCUGGGCCCCGUUCCACAAGGUCCAUAUGCACCCCAUCCCGGAACGCAUCUUCGAUCUAUACAACAGCUCCCAAGUCAGCACCAAACUGGGUCUCUUCGCCGAGAUCAACCACGCAUGGGCUUGCAUCGACAAUGCUCUGUUUCUCUGGAACUACACCCAUCCCGACCCAGAGGUCAUCGGAUUCGAGGACCAGCCUCACAGCAUUCAGGCCGUGGCUCUCGUACCGCCGAAGCGCGGCGUCUUUGUCUCUACUAUCACGCACAUCUUGGUAGUCGCAACUACCUCCGAGCUGAUUCUGCUCGGUAUCGCCGCUGCGUCCACUCCCAGCGGUGCCAAGACUAUCUCUCUCUAUGAUACCAAGAUGGUGCUGCACAAGGGUAGCAGCGACGUGAGCGUCAUCGCGGGCACUGCGACGGGACGUAUUUUCUACGGCGGAGAGAGUGACACGGACGUCUACGAGCUGUACUAUCAGCAAGAGGAGAAGUGGUUCUCGAGCCGCUGUGGAAAGAUCAACCACACGCACCCUGGCUGGUCGUCAGUUGUGCCUGUCCUACCCACGCAUCUGGACUUCUGGUCGGCGAAACAGAACGAGUUUCUGGUAGAUAUUGUGGUCGAUGACACGAGAAACCUACUGUACACCCUCUCGAACAAGUCGACGAUCCGGACAUAUCACAUGGACGGGCCGGAGAAGCUCACCAAGGUCAUCGAAAAGGAGCGCAACCACUGUCUCCGUGACAUCACACACAUGAUUACUUCUUCACCGCUGCUCACAGAUCGCAUGAGAAUCGUCUCGAUCAGUCCCAUCUCGGCGAACGAAGCUUCCAAGCUCCAUCUCAUGGCGCUUACAAAUACUGGCUGCCGGCUAUUCCUCAGUGCCACGAGUUCCGCUUCGUACAUGAUGACAUCCUCAACCAACUCUGCACCCCAGUCUAUGCAGGUCCAGUACGUCAAGUUUCCGCCAAGGGAACAGCUGUCUCGGGAUAGACGAUCAGCCCCCGCCUCUAGUUCUGCCGAUGCUGGCAUCGAUCUGCAGUCCAAAGCCCUGUGCACCAGCAGGUUUGGACAACGAUUUGCGCCAGGCUAUUGCUUCACCUUCGUCAGCAAGGACACCGACCCGAACACCGACCUGCUCUUCGUCUCCGCGCCGGAGACCGGCCGAAUCAAGAACACGACCCCGACAUCCGCCUUGAAGUACUAUGAGCACGGCAACUGGAUUGAUCUGGGCGAGCGCAACCGCGCUCUUGCGGUCGGUCAAAUCACUCCACCUUUCGCCGCCGCACGGCAGCCUCUGGGCUUUGGCAACGAGCUGGCCGUUCAGUUCGACCAGCAGCCGGGCGAGUUUGCGCUCUUGACUAACAGCGGAGUCCACAUUGUGCGACGGAAGCGUCUCGUUGACAUCUUCGCCUCGGCCCUUAGGAAUGCCGUUGGCGAUGAGGGUCUCGAGAGAGAGAUUCGAAGGUUUAUCCAGCAGUAUGGCCGCGUGGAGACCGUCUCUGCCGCGCUGGCCGUUGCCUGUGGCCAAGGCAGUGAUCUUCGUACUGGUACCGGCAGGGCUAUCGACCAGUCUACCCAGGACCGCGCCACGACGGCGUUUGUCAACUUUGGUGGUCAGCCCACUGUUUCCGAAACGGACAGCAACAACAUCACCGCCGACCAAGUCAAGCUUUCCUCCCGCCACGACGCUCUGGCCAUCUAUCUCACCCGUAUUAUCCGGAAUGUGUGGAGAUCCAAGGUCAUCACCGCGAAGGUCGAUCCUAAGGGGAUCGCAGUGACCUCUACCAGGCCCAUCAACGAGCUCGUCAUUGUACAAGAGAACCUCGAGCGGCUCAGAAAUUUCCUCAAGACCAACGCCGCGUCUAUCCAGGGCCUCUCGGGCCCCUCAGACCUGCAGCAUGUGACGAGUCGGCAAGAAGAGGUUGCGCUACAGGCCGAGCACCAGGCUCUCCAUGCGCUACAGAAGCUCAUGGAGAGCGUUUCCGAAGGCAUCUCUUUCGUUCUCGUGCUCUUCGACGAGAAGGUAGCUGACAUUUACAUGCGCCUGGACGAGACGUCGCGCCGGCAACUCAACGAUCUUACGUACGAAGACCUGUUCGCCCAGUCAUCUGGGAAGGAGCUCGCCAAGGUUCUUGUCAAGGCUAUUGUUAAUCGCAAUAUCGAGAGCGGCGCGAAUGUCGAGACAGUCGCGGACGCUCUCCGCCGACGUUGCGGCAGCUUCUGCAGCCCGGAUGACGUUGUCAUUUUCAAGGCCCAGGAGCAGCUGCAGCGGGCAACUGAGCAAGUUGGCAACCCCAAUGUUUGCCGCACCCUUCUCAACGAGAGCUUGCGUCUGUUUGAGCGUGUUGCCGGCAGCUUGUCCUUCAACAACCUGAGCGGUGCUGUGCGCCAGUACCUCGCUCUCAAGUACUACGCAGGAGCUAUCGAGCUUUGCCUGUGUGUUGCGCGAGAGAAGGAUCGGGGCAACACUGCCCUUUCUUGGGUCAACGAAGGCAAGCCUGCGAGCGACCCCCGGAAGGCCGCAUGGGAGGAGAGGAAACGCUGCUACAACUUCAUCCACGAGAUCAUGCAGCAGAUGGAUGCCGACUCGAACAAGGAACCUCAGAUGAUUGACGGCCGACCGACCCUGGCAGCGACCAAGCUCGCGGAAGCAUACGAGGUUGUUAACAGCUCAGAUGAUGAGGUAUUCCACUUUGAUCUGUAUGAGUGGUACAUCGAUCAGGACUGGACAGAUCGGAUUAUCUCCAUCGAGUCCCCCCACGUUAUCACUUUCCUGCAGCGACUAGCAGCUGUGGAUGCCCGGCAUGCCGAGCUCUUGUGCCGUUUCUAUACCCACCGCGGCCGCUACUUCGAGGCGGCAAAGGUGCAGGCCGACCUUGCGAACUCCGACUUCGACAUCAGCAUCAAAGACCGAAUCAUUCUCUUGAGUCGCGCCAAGGGUAACGCCAGCGUCCCGACCACCGGCGUCAGCAGACAGCAGCAGCAACAGCUCAACCACGAAGUCACAGAGCUGCUGGAGAUUGCGCACAUCCAAGAUGAUCUAUUGGAGCGACUCAAGGCGGACGCCCGCAUCCCCGACGAGCGCAAGGCGGAGGUCGAGACGGCUCUUGACGGCCAGAUCCAGGGCCUGACUGAGCUUUUCAACAACUACGCGGACCAAGCAGGCUAUUAUGACCUGUGCUUGCUCAUCUAUCAUGCCGCUGAUUACCACAACCCUCGUGUCAUCGCGGACACGUGGAAGAACUUGAUCAACGGCACCCACGAAGAUGUCGAGGAGAAGCGGGCGGUGUACGAGGAGGCCCGAGCCGGUCGACCCCUGCCGGAAGGCGUCGCGAUCCCGACGGGGCCGCCGCCGCUACCUUUCGAGUCGGUCUCGGUCCAAGUCCAGACCAUCGCCCACCGCACGUCGCUCGACAGCCUGAUCUUCCCGAUCGACACGCUGCUCGCGACGCUCUGCGAGUACGCCAUCGUCAAGGAGCAGGACCAGAGCAUCGGCGCGGACAACUCGUGGCCGGUGCUCCUGUUCCUCCAGCUCGGCGUCAGCCACGCCCUGAUCGUCCGGGUCCUCGAGCGCAUCCUCGACGCGCAGGAGGCGCCCUUCACGAGCCGCCGGCGCAAGGUCGUCGUCGAGUGGGUCGACACCGCCGUCGAGGCGUGGCUGCACGAGAUUGAGCGCCGGGGCGGCCUGGGCGCCGCCUCUAAGGGAGAGGGCGCGCUGGGCGGGUGGGUCAUCGACCUGCUGGAGCGGGCCGAGGCGACCAUCGCCGAGGUCGCGCCCGGCGUGCGGAACGCGGCCGGCAGGUCGGAGCUGGAGGAGAUACUGCGGAAGACGAGGGCGCUGCGCAACUCGGCGGGCAGCGCGGUGCGGCUCGUAGGCCAGGCGGGUGGAGGAAGCUUGAGGUUUAGGUGA